AUGUCUCCUCAAGACAACGCCGCUGCUAACACCAUGGACACUACCGGUCCUCGCCGUCGUAGCUCUGCCACCAUGGGCAACGUUGCUAACGAGCCAGUCGAUCGCAGCGCCCAGACUGCCGUCUCUCGAAAGCAGAAGCGGGCUAACCGCCGAAGCACUCUCCGAAUGCAGUCGGAGGUGGCCCCUUUCCUCGGCAUGUACCUACAUAACGAGGAGGACGAGGCCAAGGAGCGCAAUAAGGCCGACGACAAGAAGGAGGAAGAGAAAGAGAAGGGGGAGAAGAAUGACGAGGAGAAUGAGCAGAAGGACGGGGAGGAGGAUGAGGCUGAGAAGGAGAAGUAA